CUUUGAAUUACGUUUAAUUUGCAGAAAUGUAUGCAUUUCAUUCAAUCAGAGAUGUUAAACUUAAGAUUCUAAAAUGAGGAACAAAGGCAUAUUCAACGAUGGACCAUCAUCACCAUCAUUAUCAAAUGAACCACCAUGGUACACCGCACCAUUAUCACGCACCGCCGUACACAAGAGACUAUUUCCUGUACGAGUACUCUUCUGGUUCAGAGUCCGAUGGUACGAGCUCGCUGAACAGUGAUUGCGAUUCCGGCAAUUGUGUUGGUUCAGGUCGCAAGAAGAGCUCACGGUGUCACAGACAAAAGACGCAGCAGCGGCAAGCAGCGAAUCUGCGUGAAAGGCGACGCAUGCAGAGCAUCAAUGAAGCAUUCGAAGGGCUUCGGGCGCACAUACCUACAUUGCCGUAUGAAAAGCGCUUGUCCAAAGUYGACACUCUGAAGUUGGCCAUCGGUUACAUAAACUUCCUGUCCGAGUUGACUCGUGGUACAGGGCCGACAGGAAACGGCGUCACAUCUUUAAACGUGGCCAAACUUACGACGAUCGCCGGUCGCUUGCAUAGACCGCCAGCACAGGUCAAAGAGCAACCUGUCAAGAAAUUUAUUGUUAGAGGUGCAUUUGGAACUCCAUAUUCAUUACAUUCAUUGUCUUGGUCGAGGGCAAAAGAAAAUUGUCCAAAUAGCUCAGGAGUAAUGCGUGCAAAGUUAUGGAGGCCUGAAAUAGGGUCACCGCGUAAUUCUGGAUCUACUUCAACCUCAACGAGUUCGACAUCUUCAAGUAAAAACUAAAACCUAAUGACUCGACUCUCAUUAAUAUAAGAUAUAAAAUGACUAUUAGUCGCUAACAAUAAAAUUAUAAUGUAUAGAUUAUAACUCUAUAAGUUACUUAUGUUUUAUAUAGUUAUGCCUAAGGCAUAGGUAAGUUAUGUAUACUUUGUUUCUAUUUUCAGUUGUUUUUAUUCCUAUUUAAACAUUUUUAUUACAAUAUUAACUAUA